AUGCACGGCAGUCCUCCUGCAACCUCUCCUCGCGGUACUCCUUCACGGAGGGGAAAAUCUCCGCGAUUCUCUUCCGAGGGCGGCUCACAGGCGGGUUCCAGCACCCUACCUUCCAACUUCUCAAAUAAACCCCCCUCUACCUUCGUAUCUUCGCUCGACAUUCUCGUUGAAGGAACAAUACCAAUUGAUGUUGAACCUACCAUACAAUCAGGUCCAUCUGGCACCGACCCUGCUACGCCCCCAGAAUCCCAGCGAGCGCCUCGAAAAUCCAAGACAGAGGCUCUUGCAGCUCUCAAUAGCCAAGCCAGGUCUUCCUCCGCCGGACCGGAUGACUCAGAGAGUCUGGAGUAUUUGAUGGAGAGAUAUCGCAAUGCACCGCCUAUUCAAGCUCCCUCGAUCUUCGACCUUUCUAGUGUCAAAACGUCCAGUCCGAGACGAAACAUCGGCAUUUCUCAGGCUCCUCGACCUUUUGGUUUGCAAGACUGCCCCGAAUUCUUUCCAACGGCAGAAGAAUUUAAGGAUCCGAUGAGUUAUAUUAGGUCUAUCUCGGAACGUGCUGAACCAUAUGGCAUCUGCAAAAUCAUCCCUCCCGAGAACUGGAAAAUGCCCUUUGUGACAGAUACAAAGAGUUUCCGAUUUAAGACUCGUCUCCAGCGACUAAAUUCCAUUGAAGCUUCCUCGCGAGCUAAAUUGAAUUUUUUGGAACAAUUAUACCGGUUUCAUAAACAACAAGGCAAUCCUCGUGUCCUAGUGCCGACCAUCAAUCACAAACCUCUAGAUUUGUGGCUCUUAAGGAAAGAGGUGCAAAAAAUGGGGGGUUAUGAUGCGGUAACAUGUCUUAUCAUCCGGAAUUUAACGAUGUGUCUUACUAUGGCUUCUGCAACACAGGUAACGAAAGGGAAAAAGUGGUCUGACUUGGGCCGUAUUCUUGGAUACCGUGGCAUACCUGGUCUCUCAACGCAAAUAAAAAAUUCCUACACUCGCGUUAUCCUCCCAUUCGAACAUUUUUGUGAUCGCGCUCGGAAUUCGCCAGCGAUGUCGCCAAUAUUUGCGCGCGAUGCACAUCUGAGAACCCACACAAACAUUCAGUCGCCGAGCAGAUUAUCGCGGCCAAGUGCAAUUGUUAAGCUAAAGGACGAGGAUACAAGUCCACCCGGGAGUCCACUGACCGCAACUUCUAGUCCCCUCUCAGAGCCUCCAGAUGAAUCUGAUUUUAGGGAUGCUAACGGGAAUAAAGACCCUGGUCGGUCCCGUAGGAAUACGAGAAUGGGUUCUCAAGAACAACCUCUCCGAAAGCCAAUUUCGGGCGCGCUACUCCCAUCCCCGGUUAUACCCUCACCCAUCUUUUAUGAUAAGGAGCAGCAUGAUAGCAGAAUUGGUACUCCAGAGCAAAACUGUGAAAUUUGCCAUAAGAAGAAUCAUGGAGAUGAGAUGUUGCUGUGUGACGGAUGUGAUUGUGGUUUUCAUACCUUUUGCCUUGACCCACCUCUUUCUAGCAUUCCGAAAGAGCAAUGGUUUUGUUUUACAUGCCUAUCAGGUACCGGAGGGGACUUUGGUUUCGACGAAGGCGAAGAACAUAGUCUCUCAACCUUUCAGGCUCGGGAUUUGGAAUUCAGACGCAUGUGGUUUGAGUCUCAUCCACCCGCUCGAAACGCCCUUCCCUCAGCAAACGAUACUGACAUGAUCGGCAACGUUCCAGUAUCAGAAUAUGACGUCGAAGAGGAGUUCUGGCGUUUGGUUCAAUCCCCCAAUGAAACAGUUGAGAUAGAGUAUGGUGCAGAUGUGCAUUCGACAACUCAUGGAAGUGCCAUGCCGACGAUGGAGACGCAUCCACUCAAUCCCUACUCCAAAGAUCCGUGGAAUUUAAACAAUAUUCCUAUCUUGCCGGAAUCACUGUUGCGAUUUAUUAAAUCCGACAUAUCGGGAAUGACGGUGCCUUGGACAUAUGUUGGCAUGGCGUUCUCAACUUUUUGCUGGCACAACGAGGAUCACUAUACGUAUAGCAUUAACUUUAUGCACUGGGGUGAGACAAAGACUUGGUACGGUAUUCCUGGAGAUGACGCCGAGAAGUUUGAGGCUGCAAUUAAAUGCGAAGCCCCUGACCUAUUUGAGGCACAACCUGAUCUUCUCUUCCAACUCGUUACUCUAAUGAACCCGCAACGUGUCACGGAGGCUGGAGUGCGAGUGUUUGCUUGUAACCAGAGGGCGGGGGAGUUUGUUGUUACAUUCCCCAAAGCGUACCAUGCAGGUUUCAACCAUGGGCUGAACUUCAACGAAGCCGUGAAUUUUGCACUUCCUGAUUGGCUCCCGUAUGCUCGUGCAUGUGUACAAAGAUAUCGAGAACACCGAAAAUUGCCUGUGUUUUCGCACGACGAACUUCUCAUCACCAUCACUCAGCAGUCUCAGUCCAUCAAGACGGCGAUGUGGUUGAUUGGCAGUCUAGAGGAGAUGACUCAACGAGAGAUGAACGACCGACGAAAGGCACGAUGUCUUGGUCUCGCAGAAAUAUUAGAGGAGGAAGACAAGCCCGAGGAUCAGUAUCAGUGCAAUAUUUGCAAGGCUUUUUGCUACCUUUCGCAGGUCACAUGCCAGUGCACGAGGAAAGUGGUAUGUGUGGACCACGUCAGUCUUCUCUGCGAGAAUCGCCCACCACAUCAUCAAACACUGCGCAAACGUUUCUCUGACGAGGAGCUUCUGGACAUACAAGCCAAAGUUGCCGAACGUGCAGCCGUACCAUCAACCUGGCGCGGAAAACUCUCCAAACUUUUGCUUGAGAAUGCUACCCCACAGUUUCGCCUUCUUCGUGCUCUGCUCACGGAAGGAGACCGCAUAAACUAUCCCCUUCCCGAGUUGGCGAGUCUUCGCAAAUGUGUUACAAGAGCUACCGAGUGGAUGGAUUCAGCCAAUGCCUUUCUCAUCCGUAAACAGAGCAGGAAACGUUCCCGCCGUUCGCGUGGACGUCCAUCGGCCAACGAUAUACCUGCCGCUAACUCUGAUGAUCCAGGCGAUAGACCUGAUCAGGGUCUUGACGAUCUCUAUGCCCUAAUUAGGGAAGUCAAAAACCUUGGAUUUCAGUGCAAUGAAAUCGGUUCUCUAGACAAAUUGGUCCAGGACUGCGAGAAAAUGAAAUCCGAGGCAUCUGCUUUGCUCAGAUCUACUCCACUGAACCGAGAUGAAUUUCUCCAGGAAUGUAGACGACUUCUUAUUCAAGGAUCGUCGCUUAACGUUCUACUCGACGAGCUUAUUGAAAUAGAAAAGAUCGUUGAUCGAGAACAGUUAGUGACUGAACUCGAGCAGAAACUGGACGACGGCGCUGCUGUUUUGACGCUGGAGGAAGUUCGACAUUUGCUAACCCGUGCACGAUUGUGCAACUUGCCACAGGACAAUAAACAUGUACAGCUUCUUGAGGUUCGACAGAGGGAAGGUGAUGAUUGGGAAGGUCGCGCUAGAAAUGUUCUUGAACAACCUAUCAAGACUAUUGCCGAGAUGGACGACUUUGCAAAUAUGGACCCCAAUAUUCCUAUUGAUCCGACCGUUCUGGAUCGACUUAUGACUGCCCGCACUAAAGCGCUCGACUUUGAUAAGCAGGCAAGAGCUUGGCUCUCCUGUGAAACCGAUGGUCCUAAACCCAGGCUGACCGAUGUACUGCGGCUGGCAAGCCGUGCAGAAAAGGACUUCAGCAUAUCUUCAAUUCAACUUUUGAAGCAAACUGCCGAUAUUGCUGCGGACCUUGAAACCAGGUGUGAACAAGUUUUGAAGAACCAUUACCACAGCGCAGAUGAAGACAUUUUCGAGACAAUUGGGCAGUGGAAAGACUACGCCAAGGACCAUUUAAAGAUGUUCUCACUCCCCUGCUUUGAGAAGCUGGACGCGCAGCUGAAGCUGCAUGAACAAUGGCGACGAGAGCUGCCUUGGUAUUGCCAUGAGCACAAGGAGACGCAUAUCCAAGGGCUUCUCGAAGAUGUCUUGGAAUGUACACGACCUGACGACGAUCUGCCGCCUACAGACGAAUAUUUCACCUGCAUUUGCAAUGCACCAGUCCGCCCUCCGCCCCCUGGGAUUGUUUCUGAUGCCGUGCAGUGUGACCACUGUUAUGCUCGGUUCCAUGGUGAAUGCGCCAAAAACGGUGGGUCUUGCCCUUUUUGCGAUCACCACCAUUGGAACGGCACAAUUCACAAACAAAGGAGCUGGCAUUUCUGUUACUUGCCCAACAUCCUAAACAAUGCCCCAGAAAUCACACGGCACUACUCGGAGGACUAUAGACAACUGGAAAUCAUUGUCCACGGAGUGGACCGUCUAUCUGCGGUUAUUGGACAAUUCCUGUCUUAUACUUCACAACCUGCUAACCAACGUCCCGAAUACAUACCCCAAGUACGGCACUACAUGCGCAAAUUAUACAAGAUCCAAUUCGCUGUAUCGCCCAACCCUGAUGUUUCUUUUGGUUUGGAUCUGGCUGGUUUACAUCGUAUUCUAGCUGGUCGACCUCCUGUUGCAAAACCGAAGAAAAGGCGUAGGCCACGCUUCACCUUUGGGCAAGACAUUGAUCAGGAUUGGGCGGAUGGCACCCGGUGCAUUUGCAGAGGGCGGACAGGUUAUUUGCUAAACUAUCCAUCCGUUGAAUGCGACCUCUGCGGGAAGCGGUACCAUGCUGGCUGUGUCUUCUUCCCGCUGAAAGAAGGCUCAUCUGAGCGACCAGUGUUCAGCUGUCCGUUGUGUUGUGUACGAAAGAAUAAGACCUACGAGUAUUCCGAUGUUCGGGUUAAACCUACUGAUGCCCUCUGCGAAGAGAGUCGUGACCCAGACAUAUAUGUCAAUACCGAAGACAUGCUAGACACAUUUAGCAAGGAUCUCAUGUUUAAGAGGCUUCUAUUGCCAUACAAGCCGACACUAUUCGUGGAGCUGGUCUCAUUUCAACCAGGCUCGGAUGGCGUGGCUGCGCCGAAUGCACCGGUACCACGGUCAAUAUCCACCAUCGCCAACAACCAUCCCGUUUCUAGAUCGCAUUCCGCCAAUGCACCGCCACAUCAUGGCCACCCUUCACCACCAGCCGCGACGUCUUCGGUAUCAACUUACUCUAAUACCCUGCCACCCCCACCCUGGUCGCGGUGGGGUACUAUGUCGACUCCCUCAAUGCCUCCUGUGACACAACGUCGACAGACAGGCGAAACCUCCCGCUCGAGAGGCGGAUCACCCCAGCCUUCCUCACGAAAGCGGAAGCACGUUGAAGAGGCUGCCAUACAGGAGGAUCACGGACGAGGUAGCUCCUCAUCCUCAUCCUCGAUAAUGCCGUCCUCGAAACGACGUGCGGGUCCCGCCUUGUCUCCCACUCCCAUGUCAUCGCCCUCACAGCAAGUGCAGACGCUUUCCCCAUCUCUGGCUAUGAUUGUUUCGCCGACAAAUCAGGCCGUGCAGACAUCACCACGACACGUUCCACCAUUAAGGAACGGCACUACUAAUGGGUCUUCUCCCACCUCCCUACAUUCUUUGAUCGCUGGUGACCCUCGAUAG